AUGAAUCCAAGUUGUCAAUCCAUUUAUUAUUUAUUUUUUUUUUUCAAUUAUAAGACACUAAGCUUAGAAAAUUAGUCAAAAGCAAAUUGAAUAUUUCGUCUUUUUGGGAAAAUAAAAAUUUAUAAAUUCGCAAUUAAAAUUUGGUCUUUAUAAAUUUAAGUGAUAUACUUAAUGCGAAAAAAAUAAAAAAAUUCUAAAUUCUAAAACAAAGCAAUCCAACGCGAGUGCAUUAAAUAAUUCAGUUCGCUAAUUAUAUUAAUGACGUGACCGGACUCCUGAGUCAUUUGUACCCUUGAAGAAAGGAUAUUCCCAAAACAAAAAAAAUUCGUUGAGAAAAAGAAAUUGACUAACAGGACAAUAGCAUAGUAAAAAGCCGUUUUUUUCAUUAACGGCUUUAAUUAAACUAUUUGAAAUCACCGCUUAUUGGUUGUUGUAUUGUGUUAACAAUUAAUUACCACCUGAAUCGAUUUUACUAUUAAAUCUACGUAACAAUGUCGACGGAAGAUGAUCGUCUUCAAAAGAGUGAGUUCGCCGAACUUAUACAACAUUUAACUCAACAAGAAAUUCUUACUGUAGAAUAUUGCGUUGGCGCUGUUUGGCAAAAGUUGGUCACACAAAAAGAUGCCGUCAAGCGACUUUUCCAAUGCAAUCUUUGCAAAGUUCUUCAGUAUAGCAUGAAGAAUUUAUGCGCUCAUCUCGAUGGUAAACGUCAUAAGCAACAAUUGAAGAGUGUACUGCAUUUAUAUCAUCCCGAUUAUACUCAUCCGAAAAGUAAGCUUCUGCCGCCAAUUCAAACAAAAAGUAAUACGGCAAAGGAAACGAGUAGCGUUGGCGUAGCACCACCUUCUACAGCCGAAAGCAAGGCGAAGAAAUCUCUUACUAUCAGUACAACACAAGUAAACACGUCGAGAUGUGUAGUUAAUGCCAAAAUUGCAAAUCCUACUAGCACUGAUGCAGCAUCGGCAGCCAAACAGGCCGUAACUCAGCCUACGGCCGCUAAUGGAGCAAUUAUGCAGGUCAAAGCCGAAGUUUCUACAGCGAAUAAUUUUACAAAAACCAAAAAUAUUGCAAACGUUAGUAAUCAAGUUACUAUCACGUCGCAAAACAGUGAAAAAAAUGCCGCCGACUUACGAUCUCAUAUAACAAAGGCGGCGCAGCAUCUGACAGCUAGUGGAGGUAAAGCCAAACUAGAAAAAUGUGCCAAUUUGGUGGUGCGAGUGCAAAAUUUGGGAAAAGUCGAAAAUCCAAAUGAAACGGCAAAGAAAAUUCAAAAUAGUAAGCAAAAAAAUAGUCAAGCUGCAAAACUUCCAAAUGGAUCUUUUGGAAGCUUGAAAAAUAUUGGUCUAACUAAAGUAAUUGUCAAAAAAGAAAAAGUGGAUGAUGACGAUGAGGCUACUGAUAAAAAUGCCUGGAAUAAAGAAAUCAAGAAACCUGCUUCCAAAUCUCUAGAGACGGGAACUGUUAAAAACCCAAUUAUUCAAAAAAACAAUUCCGUAGUUGCGGGCAAAUCGUCCCCAAAUGCAGCUUCAAGAAAUGCUGCAGCAUCUAAGGCUAAUAAUAAUAAUAAUGUGAAAUUAAGCAAAGCUCAGUAUGCAGGACAAACCAAGAACAAACAACAAGAUACUUCUUCAAGCAAACCCGGAAUUCAAAAUGAAGUGCAAACAAUACUCGACACUUCUAACGGAAAUACUACUAUUCAAGAACAGCAACAAAAAAGUGGAAGCAUUCAGCAAGCAAGUUUCAAAACGUACAAGAUUUCUCUUACACCAAAAUCUACAAAUGGAACAGUUGAUGGAAACUCUCAACAAUCUCAGCCGCCUAAACUAGGAAAAACGAGUCAGAAAGUGCCAGAGAUGGCAUCGAUCAUAAUGUCGAAAAUGCCUAUCGCAAAUGAAAAUCUCCUUAAAUAUGACAAAAUAAAUAACUCAUUCGGUAGUAACGCAGCUAAGUUGAAAUCGAACAAGAAUAAAGAAGAAUCCGAGACACAAGAUAUAGUCGAAUACGAAAUGCAAGAUGAGACUGGUCAAACAAGCAAGGUGCUAGCAAGUGCUCGUCAAAUAGAGAGACAAGUUUCUCCGGUAAAGGGCAAAAUUAGUGUUAAGUCAAUGGCGUCGUUGGUAAAAAAUCCAUUCGCUUUAAAAGGUCAGGAGAAUCAAAAAGAAGGUGAUGAUCAAACAAAUGUACAUGUCAAUGACAAUUCACUAGAUUCCCCCCUAAUAAUUAUUGACGAUGAAGACAUUGCACCCAUUACAGUCACAUCUGAAAAAAGCGCAAAAAAUGAUGAUAUAUGUGAAAAAUCUGCUGAAAAUGGAUCUAACAACGUUGACGGUGUUAACAUUGUUGACGAAACCUCAUCGAUAAUUAUUGAUGACGAAGAUAGCGCAGCUAUCUAUCCUAUUGUGCCGGGAACUCGCAAGGUCAAUAGUAAUAAAGAAGAUAAAACAAAAAAUUCAGCCGUAAAACGAUCCCGCUCUAGCGAUAAAAUUAGUGUUGAAACAUCUAAAAGGCAGAAGCUAGUUUUGAAUCCAGCUUCGGCGUUCACCGAAAAGGAAACUGAAUGCGAAAACAACAAUAAGAAAACUGAUAAACCUCGAUAUGAAACAGAUAAAGUAAUUAUACCUACUAAACAUAAAUCAUCCUUGCAGACACAAUCGUCGUCUUCUUCUUCUUUGCCAUGUAGCCAGAAUCAACCUAAUUUUACUAAUAAAACGUUUAGUUUUAAAGAUGAUGAAGAUGAAAUUCUGGGUCUUUUGGGUGUAGAAUAUGUUAUAAAGAUUAUCAAAAGUCGUGACGAUCAUUCCCCAAGAUACGAAUGUGGUUUAUGUGAAUUGAUUUUGGACGGUUUUGCAAUGCAACGUCAUUUGCAGGCUUAUAAUCAUCGUUUAAAAUUUUGUGAGAAGCAUUUUCCAACUGCCAUACGUCAUUAUAAACAAUACAUGGGCGACGUUCCUCAACACGAGAUUUUUAAAGUGAUGACACCGGUGCUGGGAAAAUUGGCUGUGGCCAUUGAAAAGCACCACGGACGCAAUCUCCCUUAUGAGAGUUUUGAACGAGAUUUCAAUGUUAAUCGUCAUGAAAUCCUAGCUAAAGCUUUCUCUUGCCGGCAUGCAUCAGAACACUAUGGUCCUUCUUUUACCCAUUUGCUGGAUUCUAAAGAAAUUGAUCAAAUUAUUGCUGAUCGUCACUUUUUCAAACCAAUGACAGUUUCCAAUAGCAUUCUUUUUGAUAAAAAAACUUGUAGUGCUGAUGUACGUCACGGCAACAGAGAAUCGCAAUCUAUGCGUGAUCGGCACCGUCAUGUCCAAAGAUCGACUAGCGCUCUCGGGCCCAGACAACAUGAUCCAAAGGGCUUUGGUUAUCAACCGCAAAACUCGUCUUCAUUAUCAUCAUUAAUGUCGGUAAACAGAUUAUAUUCUGCUGCUAUUGAGAGAGAACCAUUAACACCGGUGGAUAACGAAACGCAUAGGUUAAUGGUGGAAGAUUUUCUAAAGGGAACUUUGAAGAAUGCCCCAGACAAACAUUUACCCAAGCGACCACUAAAUCGGAAACGUUCUCCAUCUCCACCACAUUCUUAUUCGUCUGGUUAUAUUCUCCCGACAAAGCGCUUAACUAUAUCUCCCCCACGGAGGGUCGAUAUUUGGCGAGAAUAUCGUCAUUUGGUUGAUAAGAAAUUAAGCGAUUUGAAUAAUUCUUUUAAAGCGUAUAAGGAAGAUCCGGAACGACAUCCGUCAUACAACGCAGAAUGGCAGAAGUUUUGGAAACGUCGCAAAGACGAACUAAUUGCCGCCGGCCUUGAUCAUCGAAAAUAUAAUUAUCAACCGGAAUGGGUGAGAUUUUUCAAGAUACGCAUAGAAGAGCUUUAUUCAGAGGAGGCGGAAAACAUUAAAAUAAAGUUGCGUGAAAAUCUCUCUCUGCCUAUGUCCAAUGAUUACUUGAUUGAUCCUUUAUAUCAUGUGCAGGCGGUCAAAGAAAAUUCACCAACGCGAACGGCUAUUAGUCCUCAGGCAAAUAGACAGCAAUCGGAGCGUCCAGUUAUUUUGGACAGUUCAUAUCAGGAUAGUUCUCCCCAAGUAGUUUCCGUUUUAAGAUUGAUGACGGCACUUGAAGAGCACCUCGGUAGUCUGGGCCCAAAAAUAACACAAUUGCUUUCGAAAGCAUUACAAAUGGAAAAAAUUAAUCCCCGUAAUGUCAACUCCGUAAUGCUGACGGACGAAAACUGGAGUUUAAUAGAAACAGCAAAAGAAAAAUUUAAAGGUUUGGUAAUGGCCGGCCUCUAUGAAGGUUCAAAAGAACGAGCCCUUAACAAAGCCAUCCAGGAAGCAGAAAGAUUAUUCAAUUAUGCUGAAGAAGUUCGUCCGCGAACAAAUAUAGGCAAUUGUAUUCAGACUUUUCCCAAAGGCAACACAGUAUCGUCUGGAUAUGUUAGUCCUGGUGGUUUUAAUACCAUGCAAUCAUCUAAUAACUCACGUGCAAUAAACUCGUCAAAGCAAGCAUUUGUACAGUCAUCAAGCAAUGCAAUGUCUGUAGAAGCAACGCUGCCUGUUAACGUCUCAAAUGAGCAAACUUUGCCAACCACAUUAACUCCUCUUCUAACGCAAGCAGAUAAAAAGGAAUUGGCCAGUAAAUUGGCUUCCUCUUUGGUAGCGCAAGGCAAGACUGAUUUUGAUGUACAACAAUUACAGAAACUUAUUGCUGUGUACUCUCUAAUAGAAAAGAAGAAACGUGAAGCCGGUACUACGACUGGUAAAAAAAAAUCAAAUAAUCCCUCCAAUAAUAAUUGCAAGACUUUAUCUGAAACUCUCGCGGAUUUAUUAAAAAAUACUUCACCAAGUAAUGAAGAAACAUUAGGACGAGAAGAAAUUAUUAGAAAUCAAGUUGCGGACAAGAGUAAACAACAAGCGCCAAUGCAGGCAGUUAAUAAAGAAUCCGACGCCCGUUCCAAUGCUAGUCAAUUUCUGGGAAACGUCAAUACCAAUAUGAAUUAUCAAAAUAUAUCAAUGAAUCCUUCUGCUACUACUACUGCGUUCCCAAAUUCGUUUUCAGGUGGAAAUUAUUUUACCAAUACAACACCAAUGAUGAGAAGCAAUAUGAAUGCAAAUGCUGUAAAUUCUGGAGCACCACCAGGAGGCUAUAAUAACGCCAAUAUGAUGAUAGGCUACCACCAGAAUAAUCAACAAUAUGCUGCUGUUGGUUAAUUCCGGUCAAUACAACAAUCUUCAGUAUCUUUUUGGAAUAAUCAGUUCUCUUCGGGCAUAUGGAAUGUGGGCUUCCAAGGAAAUCAAUACAACCGAGGCGGUGGCAAUUGGUCGAGAUAUUAAAUCAUAUUUGAUAAACGUAGUUACACGUGUAGCUUGUAAGAUAUUUUAUGUUAUGCAGUAACAACAUGGUCUUGGAAUGAAUGAUGUAUGUGUUUGUAGUUUACAUAUAUAUACUUUAGAUAUUAAUUCAAGAUUCAUCUAAAUGUUCUCAAUAUAUUGAGAAAUUCAGCCAGAGUUCACUUUUGUUUUACAACAACAAACCACUCCAAAUUUUUAAAUUACCACCAGAGUAUGAUAUACAUAAGUAUAUAUACACAUUA